AUUAAAGCAGGUUCUUUUACUCAUCCCUGCAAUUGGUUUAAACUGUAAACGAAGGACAUGAAAGACUUCACAAUCUGUGGUCAUACAUGGAAACUUGGUAUGAGUAGAGAUAAUGCAGAACAGUACAAAAGAGUUUGCAAAACAGAAAAAAAAUUCUCUACUGCAGCAUUCAAGAAUUGUGUUCAAAAUCAAUUACAAGAUUUACCAGAUGAUACACCUAUUUCAGAAAUUUUCUUUUCAAUGGAGCUUCACAUAUUUUUUGGAAAUACAAACCGUAUGUAUAAUAUAAGUGAUAAAAUGGUGUCCAAAAAAGAAACAUUAGUUUUAAUGAAUAUGUGGAAUAAAGCAACAUGGUUUAAUAAGCCAAAUUUGCACUGGGGCCAGUUCAAGGGAGGAUAGUGUUUAAAGCUAUUAUAGAACAUAAAACAUUAGAAAAUAUUCUUAAAUCCAAGCUUGAUGUUGUACCUACAACAAAGCAUAUAUUGCGUUUAAAGAAAAUUUAUCUCAUAAAGUUUAUGCUUUAGUUGUCCAUAUCUACUUUACUGGAAUCAAUGGCUGACAAAUAAUCAGGAACAAUUCUUGGUUUUUGGUCAGAGCAGAAUUUCUAAAACUGUUUAUAACGACUUCAAACGGUUCUAUUAGCAAGGAUACAAAGUUCCAAGUUAUCACAAACUGUAUCAAUUAAAACUGCUGAGUUCAGUUAUUGUUUAUAGCAGUAGAAUUUCACAUUUCAAAAUUCAAUUACGUAUAUUUUUUAUUAAUCUUUUAAUUUUA